UCCUCCUAGUGUGUGCGUGCGCGCUCACUGCUAUCGCGUGGUGGUGGUCAUCCAUAUUGCUGGUAGUGGAGGAGAUUACCUAGUGUUAGUAAAGGGGUUUACGGCAGCUUUUUAAUGUUUUAAUUUAGAGAAACCACUCUGCAUCUUAGACUGAAGACUUUUUGGUCUAGGGGUGGAGUGGAGAGAGAUACGACAGAAAGGUUAUUUGCUGGACAUACGUUUUUGUUGGUAGGUUGAAGACGGAUUUGGGGUAUCGUGUUUGGAAAAGGAGAAAUGGCCACUCAGGUGGAGGCUCUCCUGCCGAACAAUCCUCUGCUGAAUCCGGAGGACCGUGGGCAUGCAGGCCAGAUCAAACACGGCGACGACCGUAUGGAGAAGGGGCCAAAGCCAACGGGCGUUUCGGACGAGGCGAACACUGCCAAGGGAACCGAUGCGGAGUUGGGAGGGUGCACCACCAAGGAACAGAGUAUACGGCAUGCGAAUGAAGAGAGCUGCGAUGAAGGGAAACUGAAUUCGGGUGGAGAAUCUCCUAAUGAGUCCAAGGAUGGCGUUAAGAACAACAAAAAGGAGUUUACAGAAGCUCCACCGCCCAAGGUGAACCCUUGGACUAAGAAAAUGAACGCCGUCACCGUGGUCAAUGUAAACGGGCAGACACAUCAGGAGUCCACUGGGCCAGCUAAGGUGGUGAAGGCAGGGAACCCUCGACCCAGGAAAGGAGUGAAGGUGGGCGAUUUUGGUGAUGCUAACAACUGGCCAACCCCUGGAGAGAUCGCUUGCAAGGAUCAGCAGAUGUGCGCCACCACCAUCCACAGCGCUAAGGGAACGCUGUUUAUUCGUGACCUUCACCGGUCUCCUAAAGGGGCGUUCACCAAACGUGAAGUGGAUGCCGGAAAAGUGCCGAAGAAAGUGACUGCAAAGAAGGAGAAGGAGAAGCGUGAGAUCAUCGAGGAGAGCAAGGAGAAUCAGAAGACCAGCAAGUCUCCGGACGACUCCGGAGAGGAGAAAAACGGAGACGACGAGUCCCAGAAGAACGGCCAGAAAGGAAAGAAAGGCAACAAGCACAAGUGGGUUCCCCUGGUGAUUGAAGUGAAGUCGGAGGGUCCGAGGGAGCGCUCGGCGUCCCGGAACAACACGCGCCAGAACGAGCCACCACGCAUGCCCCCCAACAGCCGCAACGACCUCAGAGACUGGCACAGCGGCAAGUACGAGCGUGAGUUUCGUGACGACCAUGAUGAGGUGUCGAGUGUGAAGAGUGAGGGGGCUCCGUUCCGCGCCGGCUUCCGAGGACGAGGACGCGGCCGGGGAAGGGGAAGAGGACGAGGAAGAGGAGGCAGAGGAGGACACUAUGACUACCAUUACGGCUACAAGGGCUUCGAGGGCAAGGACGGCGCCUACGGCCCCAAGUUCCCCAACACCUCCUCUGUCACCUACUACUACGACAACCUGAGCAGCCAGGACCUCUACUCAGUGGACCAGGGCCUGCUCAAGGACUACAUCAAGAGGCAGAUUGAGUACUACUUCAGCAUGGAUAACUUGCAGAGGGAUUUCUUCUUGCGGAGGAAGAUGGACGACGAGGGCUUCCUGCCCGUGGGGCUCAUCGCCAGCUUCCACAGAGUACAGGCCCUCUCCACGGACAUCAACCUCAUCAUAGAGGCAUUGAAGGACAGCAAAGUGGUGGAGAUCAUCAACAUGAAGAUCCGCUGUAAGGAGGAGCCGGACAGGUGGCCUCUGCCGGGUUUUGGGAUGCCAGAUGGGAAGGGCGGGACGGACUUCUCCCAGCUCAUCAACUGCCCCGAGUUUGUGCCCAGACAGGCCACGGACCCGCACUCCGACUUGCCGCGUUCCUCCACGCCUGUGCAGUCCAAGGCGGAGAACGUGAGUAACCUGAAGACCAUGCCCAAGGGCCUGUCCGCCAGCUUGCCCGACCUGGACUCUGAGUCCUGGAUCGAGGUCAGGAAGAAACCCCGGCCAUCACCAGCCAGGCCUAAGACGCCCUUGUUGCAGAGAGCGGACGACGGCCCGGUCUCCCCGGCGACCUCCAACAUGGCCGGCGGCGGCGGUGGUGGCGGAGGAGGAGGUGGCGCCACCACCCCCACCCCCAAGACACCCCUCUCCGCCUCCAAGGAUCAACAGCCGCAGCAGGCGCAGGACGCGGACGAGCCCGAGGAGCUGGACUUCCUGUUCGACGAGGAGAUGGAGCAGAUGGACGGCCGGCGCAACACCUUCACCGACUGGUCGGACGAGGAGACGGACGGCGAGAUCGACGACCGUGACGUCAACAAGAUCCUCAUCGUCACGCAGACGCCGCCGUACCUGCGCAAGCACCCGGGCGGCGACCGCACCGGCAACCACACCUCGCGCUCCAAGCUGACCUCCGAGCUGGUCAAGGUCAUCAACGACGGCCUCUUCUACUAUGAGCAGGACCUGUGGGACGACAACUUUGAGCCAGAGUACGCCACCAUCAAGCAAGAGGUGGAGAACUUCAAGAAGGUGCACCUGAUCACCCGUGAGGAGUUUGACUGCCUGACCCCGGAGCCUCCUGUGGACCCCAAUCAGGAGGUGCCCCCCGGACCCCCACGCCCCCAGCAGAUUCCCACCGACGCUCUGGCCAACAAGCUGUUUGGCGCGCCCGAGCCGUCCACGAUUGCGCGCUCGCUGCCCACCACGGUGCCGGACUCGCCCAACUACCGCAGCGCCCGCACCCCGCGCACGCCCCGCACGCCGCGCCUCAAGGACCCCACGCAGAUGCCACGCUUCUACCCCGUCGUCAAAGAGGGGCGGCCCGUCGACGCCAAGACUCCGCGUAAGAGGAAGACCCGGCACAGCUCCAACCCCCCCAUGGAGUGCCACGUCGGCUGGGUCAUGGACUCAAGGGAACACCGCUCACGUACUGCCUCAGUCAGCUCCAACGCCAGCCCGUCGGAGGGCACCCCUGCGCUGGGCGGCAUCGGCUGCACGCCCCAGUCCCUGCCCAAGUUCCAGCACCCCUCCCACGAGCUGCUCAAGGAGAACGGCUUCACGCAACACGUCUACCACAAGUACCGCCGCCGCUGCCUAAACGAGCGUAAGCGUCUUGGCAUUGGCCAGUCGCAGGAGAUGAACACGCUGUUCCGGUUCUGGUCCUUCUUCCUGCGGGACCACUUCAACAGGAAGAUGUACGAGGAGUUCAAGCAGCUGGUGGUGGAGGACGGCAAGGAGGGCUACAGGUAUGGUCUGGAGUGCCUGUUCCGCUACUUCAGCUACGGCCUGGAGAAGAAGUUCAGGCCCGACAUCUUCAGAGACUUCCAGGAGGAAACCAUGAAAGACUACGAAUCUGGCCAGCUGUACGGCCUGGAGAAGUUCUGGGCGUUCCUCAAGUACUCCAAGGCCAAGACCAUGGAGAUCGACCCCAAGCUGGCCGAGUACCUCAAAAAGUUCAAGCGCCUGGAGGACUUCAGAGUGGAUCCCCCGAUGGAAGAAGGCGGCAGGAAGAGGCACUCAUCCAGCGGAGACGGUCGGCGCCGCCACCCCUCGCACCCCUCCUCCCACCUGGCCCCCCUGCAGGCCCCCUUCUCUUCCUCCUCCUCCUCUUCCUCCCGCGGACCCCCCAGAGAUGAUGCCAAACCCAGUGCCCAACGGAGCCUCGUGCCCGAUGCCAAACCCCAGAAAUAACCCUUGCCCCUGACCCGGCCUUACCUUACCUUAAACCUAACCUUACUUUACCUUGCCCACCUUGCCCUUUGGUUCUCAUUGGCUACCUACGCCAUUCGGAUCCCGCCCUCUCUCGCUCUCUUCAAGUCCUGAUUGGUGCCCCAGCAGCCCCGGCCCGCCCUCCCACCUACAGAGGAAGCUGAUUGGUGGCCCAGCUCCUGAGCAAAGCAAAAGCAUGACGCCAGAACUAAAACGCCACGCAUCCAACUGAACUGAACUGAACCCGCGAGUGCAUCGCCACGACGAUGGGGGCCACGUGCGAUCGCCCGACACGCGGACAGACGCAACACAUCCAAGCUCUUCCAUUUUGAUUUUUACCUUCCAUCUUUUUUCCUUUUUUUCUUUCCCCUCUCUUAUUUCAUUCUCUUUUUUUUGUGGAAGCGAGAGCAAGUGAACGGCGUCAUCAGCUUUUGAGGAUGUCCCAGCUUGGAAAGACUUCUUUUACUUUUUUGUUGGGGAGGGGGUGAGGAAUCUAUCAAACUUGCAUUUUUUGUUUUUAAUUACUAUUAUUUUCUUCUCCUGCUAUGGGAUUGGCUGGAUCUGUAGGCUUUUUUUUUUUGGAGUCGUUGCAUUGGCUGGAUUUGGUUAAGGCCCACCCCCAUUUGCCAAUCCCCAUUUUUUUUCUCCUCCUUCCUGAGCUGUGCUGCAAGCGGACUCUGAAAUGGCGUUGCUGCGCACCUCUUCACUCUCCUCAUGAGUUCUUUUUUUUGCCACUUGGUAUUUGUUGUGGAGAGCCCGGCGGGGGAAGAAGAGGAGAGGAGGGGGAAAGUUUAACAUGUUAUCGUUGGAGGAAAACGAGCAGAGAAGAAACUUUACGGAGAAACUUUGUGUUGAACUGAACUGAGAUGAACUGAAGAUUUUUGGGGAGGGGUUCAUUCUGGGGACUAGGGUUGGUGGGGAGAGAAAACAAAAAAACAACAAAAACUCAAACAAACAAAAAACAAAGUUUAAAAAUGAAAACUUUUUUUGUGUUGGGUUGCAACCUGAAUUGAGAGAAAUGUGAUGUGAAAAAAAAAAGAAACGCUGAACUAUUGACUUGGACGUGGGGCUGGAUCUUCAAAUCUAUCUAUAUAUAUAUAAAUAUAUAUAUAGCGAUAUAUAUACACACCAAGCAAACUAAAGGAGAGGAGGAUUUCAAAAAAAAAAGAAAGAAAAGAACAAAAAAGACUGGCGCCCCCUUGGUCCUAUAGUCACCUGCCUCCUGAGCGAGCCAAUUGAACGUUGCCUUACUUACUUUGAUGGCUUUUCUGCUUAAAACGUCGCGCCAGACACCUUAAAUGUUCAUGUACAGCAUUUACCCUGACUAUAUGCAAACUCUGCGCAUACACUAACACAUGCACACACUCAAAUCCACACACACUCAUACACAAAUACGCACACACACUCAUACACAAAUACGCACACACACACACACACACACACGCACACACAUACAGAAAUGACAAACACAUUACAAAUGACAUACUUGCACGGACAUAAUUACACACUUACAAAGAUCACUUGUACUAGGAUUGCGUGCGCACAGUCUUCCACAUAUCUACCGGUGUGUUUGUAGAAGCUACCCCCUCUUCAUGUGGAAUGUGUGUGUAUGUGUGUUAUUACAGCAAAAAUGGCCUUCCUUUAACCAGGACUUAAGAGGCAUCAUCCUCAUUCUUGAUCUUAAUCAUCAUCUUGCAUCAUCAUCAUCAUCAUCAUCAUCCAGAAUACUUGAAGACCAAGCUGCAUCCACGGUGCAGGGCGACACCUGCAUCCACUAACACACACAUCGACACAUGACAUGCAUGCACGCACAACCUGGGAAAAAAGAGAAAGCAUGGAUUUGACCCUUGUUAAAGCCACUGACGCACACAAAACACAGUCAAAACACACACACAUACACACACACACACGCAGUACAUGCACACACGUAGUACAUGCACACACGUACAUUCAUACACACGUACACACACACACACACACACCAACACACACACACACCACGUCUUGUAACCUCACCUCACCAUAACCUGUACUAGUGAAUGAGCAGUGCUCCCAUCUGAUCUGUCUGACGUCGAGGUUCACACCUGCCUUAUCUACUGCUACUACUACACCUAGAGAAGUCAAAUCCCUCCCCCCAUGGUGCUUUAUGCUGGCCCCACAGAGGAUUCUGAUGUUGCCCGCAGCGCACCACGCUACGCUUUCGUUCCAAGGAAGGAAGGGCAGGCGGGCGGGCGGGCAAGACACCCACACUUAGCCAUCAAAGGGAAGCGUCAUGCUAUGCCACGCCACACCGUACCCUAUCUGGCCUCACUGCAUCGCACCGCACCGCACUGCACCGCAUCGCAGAACCAGGUCAGAUGCUCAGCGGACACGGUGCGAUGUGGUGCCACCAAUGUUCUCUCCAUCCCGUUGGUUUGAGGGGAGGUGUCGGUGACCGUUGAUGGCGCUCCGGUGCCGUUUGGUGGCUUCUUAGCAACUGUGUGAACUCCUGCCGCAGUGGAGUAAAAGGAGGGAGAAGGGGCUUUGUUUACAGUUGCUAAGCAGCAAAGGGAGGUGGAGCCUUGAAGUUGGGAGUGGACAUUGCUGACCUGACCGUGCUUUCAGUUUGGCCACGCCUACAGGAAGAGGCUGCGUUUCUGCGCUGCAUAAUCCGUUUUCUCCUGUUCUCGGGGAGCGAUUGGAAAUGAAUUAUCACCCUCAUUGUUUAGCAGUAGCCCAUUUGUUACAUGAUUUCUGUUAUUUUUUAUUUUAAUUGUCUUUUAUUUUUCUCAACUUUUUAAGUAUUCUUGAUUGAGGAGAGGAUUAGUUGAGGAGAGGGGGGAGGUCCCUGUCUCUCUACUAGGCAUGAGCUCAACACACAACCCAUAUUUUUAUCCAAUCACAGCACAGGAGUCGCUAUGUGUCCCCUAGCAACCGAACACCUGGAACUGACUGCACCGAGGCAGGAGCCACUGUGCCCCUCUGGGCCAGCUAUACUGUGUGUGUGGGUGCGUGUGUGUGUGUGCGAUCAAGCAUGACUGUGCGAGUGUGUGUGUGAGCGAACAAGUGUGUGUGCGAUCAAGCAUGACUUUGUGCGAGUGUGUGUGGGAGCGAGCGAGUGUGUGUGUGUGUGUGUGUGGACACGUAUGCAUGUGUGUCUCAGGUGUGACGUCUGACAGGCCGGAGGACUAGGGACUUUGGGGGAUUCAAAAAAAUGAAUAAAAACAACACAAAAGGACAAGACGAUUCCAUAAAGCCAUAUAUACGAAACAGCUGUACAUGAUCCAUUUGAAAAGAAAAAAAAAUGUUAAUAGGUUCCUUAUUAGCAAUGCUGAUGUUAGGCUUGUCAUGACAAAAAAAAAACUGAUGAAAAUGAAGAAAAAGGAACACAAAAAAAUCUAUAAAAUGGAAAAAUGUAAAAUACUUGAAUGAGAAAAAACUUGUAUCAUAACAUUUAAUAUUCAUAAUAUCUGCUUUGUUAGGCUGAUGUGAUUCGCUGUUAGUGUUCUUUGUAAUUUGUAGUAAUUAUGCUUUUUCCUUAAUAAUAAAAAAAAAACACAAAACGGACAAAAAAACCUCAAACACCAUCUGAAUGCCUCUUGUUUUUUCUCUGAGUGUGUCUCAGCUGUUGUGUCUAGACUAUGUUAAUGUGAAUAUACUGUGUCUAUAACC